AUGUUUUUUGUCGCAUUCUUCCUGGACUUGGUCAUGCGAUGGGUCGCCGACGGUUUCGUUUAUUUCAUUUGCAGUGAAGAGAUGCACUGGAAUCUCCUGGACGUCUUCGUGGUGGCUAUUGGUUGCAUGGAGGUGGUCACAGAGACCCUCGUCAUGGCAGGCUCUGAGACCGGCUUGCUGCUCACGAACUUUUCAGUUGUGAGGAUGAUUCGCGUGUUGCGAGUAGUGCGCAUCGCCAGGGUAAUCCGGGUGCUCAAGGCUUUCCGAGAGCUUCGCUUAAUGGUGGCUUCUAUUGUCAGCUCAGCUCGCAAUUUGCUUUGGGUCACUCUUGUGCUCUGUGUCAUGCUCUACGUCUUUGGAAUCAGCUUCACCAGUGCAGUAACGAUGGAGCUCGAGUCGUUGCCAAAGAAUGCAGAGGGCACUGAAGACCUCAAGAAGUACUUUGGAUCCCUCUCCAGCUCCAUUCUGACACUCUACAGCUCCAUGUCCGGAGGGGAAGACUGGACGGUGUAUUUCCAUGUGCUGGCAGACAAACUGCCUUGGCCGUACCCGUCACUCUUCCUAUUCUUCGUGACUUUUGCCGUCUUUGCAGUGGUCAACGUAGUGACAGGCGUUUUUGUCGACACGGCCAUUGAGAAGAACCAGUCCGACAAAGAGCUGGCUGUUCAGGAGGAGUUGCGCAAUAAGAGAUUGCGCAUGAACUGGAUCAGGGAUGUUUUCAGCGAGCUAGAUUCCAGCGGAGAUGGCACGGUGACGCAGGAGGAGUUCGAGAGCCAGCUGAACCACGAGGCGGUAAUUGCCUACUUCAACACACUCAAGCUUGACGUCAGUGAUGCCAAGACCCUUUUCAGAAUGUUGGACAGCGACGGAUCCGAAGGCGUCAACAUUGAUGAAUUCGUGUCCGGCUGCUACCGCUUGUCGGGGGAAGCUACAACUCUGCACACCCAGGUGCGCAGCAACCAUGAAGAAAAUCGCCAGAUCAGCUGUGACGAAGCUGUCUACUGCCUGUAG